ACUUAUUUUGGUCUAGUAUGGUAGCGUCUAAUCCCUCCGGUCUGCAAAGUUGCAAUUUAUUCUUCCUUUUUGUAAUAUUUAUUUUGCUCAAAAACUUCCUGUUUUCUAAAAUCUAUUUUCAUAUUUUAUUUCUUGUUUAUGUAUCCUUAUUUGAGUUUCCUAAUAAAAUUUAGAAACAUUCUUUUUAAUUUUAGGUUAUGUUUGUGAUCGGUACAUGAUGAAAGGAUACUUUGGUGUUUAUUAGCCAUACAAUAAUGCUUGAAUUUUAGGCUUUACUAAUUGAUUUAGCCACUAAUUCUUUCACCGCGUAUUACUGGAGUGUUGUUUUUUUUUAAUUAUCACUUUCUAUACUGACUAGCAACCUAAGUUUUAAGGCAGGAUGUUGAUGCCCAAGAAGAACAGACUAGCCAUCUAUGAGCAUCUCUUCAAGGAGGGUGUCAUGGUAGCUAAGAAAGACUUCCACUUAGCCAAACAUCCAGAUCUAGAAAACAUUCCCAACCUACAGGUCAUCAAGGCAAUGCAGCGUUUGAAGUCGAUGGGCUUCGUCGAUGAACAGUUUGCGUGGAGGCAUUACUACUGGUCGCUCAACAAUUUGGGAAUCGAUUACUUGAGAAAGUUCCUCCACCUGCCUGCUGAAAUUAUCCCAGCCACACUGAAGAAGCAGCAGAAGUCAGAGACGGCGCGCCCGCGACCGAUGACACAGAGGUCGGAGGGAUCACGGCCGUCGGGCGAGGACCGCGCCGCCUACAGACGCACCCCGGGCACAGGCGGCCAAGGCGACAAGAAGGCCGACGUCGGUGCUGGCGCUGCCGAAAUGGAAUUCAGAGGGGGUUACACACGUGGACGUGGAGCACCGCCACCAUCUCAACAGUAAUUAAUAAUGUUCUUGUUAAUAAAACGUGAAAAAUGAA